AUGGACCAAAAGAAUCAAACAAAAUGCAGCAUAUGUUAUAAGAUUUUACCUUACAACAGUUCGACCAGUUCAAUGCAAUCCCAUUUAUCAAUUGAUCAUUGCAUUAAUUCUAAAAUAUCUAAAAAAUCAACAACUUUACUCAACGAUGACGAUAUAUCCGAUAUUGAGAGCGGUAAUGAGAAUGGUUUUGAAGAGACUGGUCAUAAAAAAUUAAACAGGUUAUUGGUGAAUUUUAUUGUUAGUACCGAUCAGCCGAUUUCGAUAGUACGUCAUCCAAACUUUGUAAACUUAGUUAGUGAGUUAAACAAAAGCUACAAAAUGCCUUGCAUAAAUACGGUGAGCAAGAAAUUAAUUCCAUCAAUUACGGACAAUCUUAAAUCAAUUUUAAUGCUAGAAUUGAAGGGAUGUCGUUUCAUUACAAUUACUUGUGAUAGUUGGUCAUCAUUAGGUAAAAACAGCUACCUCGGUGUGACUUGUCAUUUUAUUGACAAAAAUAUGACUCUAGUUGACCGAAACCUAGAUCUUAAGUUUAUGUCUGAAAUGAAAACAGCUGAAUAUUUAUUUAAUACGUUAAACGAAAUCUUCAGUGAAUGGUCAAUCAAUAAUAAGAUUUUUGCACUAGUUACUGACUUAGGUGCAAAUAUUUUCUCUGCAGUAAAUAAAUUUGAUGAUAAUGUUCUUAAGAUUCCGUGUGCUGGUCAUCGUUUGAAUCUCGUGGUUAAUGAUCUUCUAAACACACGAGAUAUAAAAGUAAAAAAAUUUAAAAAUGGGUCAAAGCGUUACCAAGUAAAAGAUUACGACGGUAAUGGAAAACUAAUUAAUAGAGAAAUUACAGAAAGUGAAGUUAAAGAAAUUGAAAAAAUUAACGAAGCAUUCAGAGAUGUUACAAAAGAAGUUCAAGAAACACUUCGUUAUGAAACUAAAAUAAAGUUAGUACAGGAUAUAGCUAUUCGCUGGAAUAGCCAAUUCGAUAUGAUUGAAUCUAUAUUAACAAAUAAAACUGCAUUGGAUAUGAUAAGCAUCGAAUUCCAAAAUAUAAAAGACUAUCUUCCCACUGCUACUGAAUUUAAGGUGCUGGAGGAUUUGUGUGAUUUGUUACACCCAAUUAAAGAGCUAACAAAAUUUUUUAGCGGAAAGAAAUAUGUUACAGUAACAUUCCUGUUUCCAACACUGUAUUCUCUACUAAAUGAAAUACUUGAAUCGCAACCUAUUUUUACAGAACUAGUUAAGACUUUUCAAAAGGAGUUAUUAAGGUCUCUAAAAGGACGUUUUAAAUACAUUUUUGCUAGUGAUUUUUUUUUAGCAGCUACUUUUCUUGAUUUCAAAUUUCGUAAAUUCGAGUUUAUCAAAAAUGAUAUCUAUAGAUAUGAAUGCAUUUCAAAGGCAAAAAUGUUUAUAAAAACAUUUUAUGAAAUGCAUCUAAAAGAAACCGAAGAAAUCGAUAUAACAAUUGAAACAAAUUGUUUAAAUAACACUUUAAACUCGUCAAACAGCUCAGCUGACAAUACCAUAAAAACAUUUCAGCAAUUGUCAACGUCACCUAUUGCAAAUAAUAUUACUUUAGUUAACAACAAAAGACGAAAGUCAAUCAACUUAAUUGAACUAGUAACAGAUAAAUCUUGUUGUAAUUUAAUUGAGAGCAAUGAUAAACUUGAAAAAGAAAUAAAUGAUUACAGUCUGCAAUACUUUCAUAGCUACGAAAAUAGUGACAUUGAAUUUUUCCAAGCUAAUCAAAAAUUGUUCCCGGUUUUGACACAAAUUGCACGGAUAAUAUUUUCAGUUCCAGCGACAUCCGUGCCAUCAGAAUGCUUAUUUAGUUCAACCGGUUUAAUAGAUACGGAGCUACGGAACAGGCUUGCGCCAAGCUUAUUGAAGCAAAAAAGGAGAGGACCAAGAACAGACCCUUGUGGUACACCACUAAGUACAUCAACCCAAUCUGUCACACUAUUACCUAAAACCACUCUUUGUUUUCUAAUAGCUAAGAAACAGACUAUUACGUAA